AUGUUCAUGAUCUCAGCAAACCUUGCCGCACCUCCAUCUAUGACGCGUCAGCCAGCACCCUUAAACCGACCCGUCAAGGGCGGCCCACACUCUACAGGGCCCGGUGCACCCUCCCAGGGUCUGCUGUACGAUGACUACAUCGUGGUAUUUUGGAUCAGCUAUCGAGGAGCCUGCACUACAGCUGGCCUUUACGUAGCUGACAACGGCACGUCUGGACAUUGA